AUGAGCUCAGAGUUUGGAAGUCACCUUGGCUCGGAGAAAGGUUCUUGUUAUCGUAAAAGGCGUCUAUCAAAAAUACCUGCUCCUGUUAUCAUUCCUCCUCCUUCACCAACCGUGACUAUUUCUUCACCUGCUAGUCCUGCUAGUGAUUCUUAUCUAGAAUUACAAGCUCAAAAAACUCCUCAAAGUCCGUCAAAGAGAUUCGUUUUAAGACCUAUCACAGCUCUUACCGCUGCUUUUCAGAGAACUAGAAGUAGCGGUUCGAUUCGUAAGCGCUCUGAGAGCCCUACUAGUUCUACCGCUAAUGCUACUUUUAUCGUUUCCAAUGCUUCUCAACCUUCUCCAACUACCACUAAACCUUCUUCUUUCCUUUUCGGUAAAUCCCCUUUCUCUUUAUCAAUAAAUUCUCCUUCUCAAUCUUCAAAACCUCCUUCAAGAUUAGGAAAGUUUAAUAUUAGGCAUCAAAAAUCUUCUACUAAUUGUAGAAAAGCUUUACCAAUUACUCCUCCUGAGUUGGCUGAAAGAUUAAGAGAUUCUUCGUCACGUAACUCAAAUAUUGAUGAUGAAUGCUCCCAAUAUUUUGAUGAUUAUAAUAAAUCUUAUAAAUCAUCUAAACCUAUUCUCAUCGAUGUACGUAAUUUAUGUUUGUAUCAAGAACAACAUAUUCGUGAUUCUUUCAAUGUAAAUCUUCCUACCCUUCUUAUUAAACGUUAUCGUCGUGGAAAUAUGAACAACUUUUCUUUGGUUUCUUUCAUAACAACUCCUGAAGGACGUGAUAAAUAUAUCGAUAAAGUUCAAGAUGAUGCUUCUAAUUUUAAUCAUGAUGUGAUAAUCUUUGAUGGGACAAUGGAUGAAAAUGAUAAAGUUAGUCCUGGUUGGACUUUAUUAGGUGUUUUGGAACGCGCUAUGUUAAAUUAUCAUUAUAAUUCUUCUUCUGAGAACAUUGAUCAAAAUAAUGAUACUCCUAAAGGACGCGUUUAUUGGCUUCGAGGUGGUUUUGAAGCUUUUCGAGCAUGGGAUCAACAAGGUGAAUUCUUAGUCACGAGACCUGAUGUUGAUGCUUUUUCGGAUAAUGAUAAUCCUUCUUUAAUGGAUUUUGAAGGUCAAGAUCAAUCAAAAAGUGGUGCUGGAUUAGUUCGCAGAGAUUCUUUGUUUUCUGUUAAUACUGAACAAAAUUCUUUAAGGAGGAAAUUAAGUGAUAAACAACAUAAUUCUCAAAUUGAAGAAAAUAUACAAUCUGUAGAAAUGCCUAUUCCAAAAGAUACUGAAGCUCUUAAAAAAAGACGUCCUUCUAACGGUCUACAGUAUCUUUUCCCACCAACAAAUGGUGAUAAAAGAUUAUGCGAACCUUUAUAUUUGGGUAAUAAUUAUCCUAAUAACGGAGAUAAUUAUCCUACCAGUGCUAAUAAUCAAUUAAGCGCAGUAAAUACAAAUCUAAACAGUAAUAAUCUAGAUUCUCCUAAUACUUCACCACCAGUUACACAUCCAGAAAUUUCUUUCGUUGUUUCGACCAUUAUUCCUGACUUUCUUUAUCUUGGUCCGGAAAUUUCAAAACAAGAAGAAAUGGAAGAAAUAGAAGCAAAAGGAAUUAAACGAAUUUUGAAUAUGGCUUUCGAAUGUACUGAUACUUUGGGCUUAAAUGAAAAAUUUGAUCAAUACCUCAAGUUAAAUGUCAAGGAUUCCGUUGAGGAAGACGUAGAAAAUGGAUUAAAAAGGGCUGUUGCAUUUAUUGAAAAAGCUGAAAAAGACAAAAUGCCUAUAUAUGUUCAUUGUAAAGCUGGAAAAUCGCGUUCCGUGACUGCCGUUCUAGCUUUCCUUAUCAAAUCACGUCAUUGGACCUUAAAUCAAGCAUACGAUUACGUUAUGAAUCGUAGAAGUGGUAUUUGUCCAAACAUUGGAUUUGUAGCAGAACUAAUGAAAGUUGAAGAAUGUGUCCUUGGCGUAAAGAAGAAUAAUUGUGCGAGUCCCGAACUUGAUCUUCUAAAACGAGAAAUGGAAGGUGUCGAAACAAAAUCUACUUUUCCUUGA